GAAGACAAUUGGAACUGCAAAUCAACCUGGCCAAAGCUGAAGCCGAGGAAAGAGCUUACGCAGAAGCACAACUCGAAGACCUAGAGGCAUUUGAAACAGUAGAUGAAAUGUUGUCAGACAGUAGUCGAGUUGAUUAAGUCAUGUCCAAAUUGGAACCAUUGUACGCAGAAGCGACAGAACAAAGUUCGCCAACCAAGGAAGCCGGUGAUAUGAUCCGUUCAAUCAACAACCAAACGAAAGAGCCUCGUCAGGUAAAUCAAGAGCCACACCUAAAUAUGCCAAGUAGCCUCUAUCCCCAAGUUUCAGUACCGAGUGGCUAUAACCCAAAGACCAUCCAACCAAACGAGAAUAAUGGUGGUUUUUUCGAAAGGUUACUGGAGUCUCAAGACCGACAAAGUUACAUGUUUAAUCAGCUUCUUAAACAGCAACAAGAAAACAUCAGUGCCUUGACUUUACCAAAACCUAAUUUACUCCCCUUCGAUGGCGACCCUACCAAGUACUGCGAUUUCAUCCGUGCAUUUGAAAAUGGUUUGAGAAAUAAUGCGUAGUUGCAUUCCCAUGAAGGAAAAUGAAGGAUAUCGUGAAGCAAGAAAGUUGUUAUUGGAACGGUAUGGUCAACCUUACAACAUCGCCAGCGCUUUGGUGGAUAAAAUCGCUAACGGACCCGUAAUUAGAGUAGAUGAUGGUGCAGGUCUCCAGAAAUUAUCUGUUCAGUUGACUAGCUGCAGCAAUAUUCUCAACGAAAUUGGUUAUAUGAGCAAACUUCAAAAUCCUGACACCUUAAGAAGAAUCAUUGAUCGUCAGCCCGUGAGUCACAAGCUAAAAUGGCGUGAGUUAGUCGACACUAUUAUGCGGCAAAAGCAUAGAGAAGUUACUGUAAAGGAUUUGACGGAUUUUGUCGUUGCCAGAGCAAGAGUCUCAACCCAUCCUAUUUUUGGAAAGGUUAACAACAGCGAUGGUAAGAAUACGGGAAACGUAAGCAACCACAGACAGCCAAGCAAAGUAAGGAACUAUGCAAUUGAAGGUAAUCAGACGGAUGAUAAAGAUGGAACGAGAAAAGGUGUCAAGUGUCCUUCCUGUGAUUCAAACCACUGGCUAUCCCAAUGCUAUGCAUUCAAGAAGUUGACGGUCGAAGAUCGACACAAGUUUGUUCGCAGAAAGAAUCUCUGCAAUAAUUGUCUAGUCACAGGACAUUUUGUCAAGGAUUGUCCAAAGAAGAGUUUCUGUCGUGUCCAAGAUUGCAAAGAGAAGCAUUCAACUUUCCUUCAUCCGAAGCGUUUAAGGGAUCGGAAGCGACGUACCUGA